AUGGCGAGCAGCCCUUCGCCCAGCUAUCCCACCGCCUCAGAGCCCCCCGGUUUGCAAGCCCCGCCUCCUCCAGCUGCUCGCUUCCCAAACAACCCGGUGCGCCGUCGGCGCUCUCCUCCGAUUGGCCCUUGUUGUUUUCCGUUUCCGCCCAGCCCUCCGCUCUCCACCAAUCAGCUGGUGCGCUUGGCAAAUUCUGUGAAAUCACAUUGUGCGAGCAGCACCAUGUUAAAAUCUUAUAGGAAUCUUCUUCUGGUUGUCCUCAUUGCUGUUGCUGUUGUUGCUGGAGCUGUUACAGAAGGCAGAAGAAUGGGUGCCAAUAGCAGCAGCACCUGUGCGGCAGUGGCGGAAGUGGAGCAAGAGGACAAGAAUGAGGAGGAAACAGAGUGCACCAGCCUUGCCCACUUGGGAGAUUUUGAUAAGAUCUGGAGAGAACACUGUGAAGAUGAGGAAACGCUUUGUGAAUAUGCUGUUGCAAUGAAAAAUCUGGCAGAUAACCAUUGGGCAAAAACUUGUGAAGGUGAAGGUCGUAUUGAAUGGUGUUGUAGUGUAUGCAGGGAAUAUUUUCAAAAUGGUGGAAAGAGGAAAGCACUCGAAAAAGAUGCAAAGAGAGCUGUGCUCGCCACGAAGACCACUCCAGCCUUGAAACCUCGUGAGUCGCCUAAGCUUGAAGGUCAUUUACCCAACCUCAGCUUUCCAAACCCUGAAUUCAUUACCGAGUUGCUACAAGCCUCAGGAAGGAUCAGGUUACUUGAUGUUGGCAGCUGCUUUAACCCAUUUCUGAAGUUUGAAGAAUUUCUAACUGUUGGCAUAGACAUUGUACCUGCUGUAGAGAGUGUGUAUAAAUGUGACUUCCUGAACUUACAGCUUCAGCAACCACUGCAGCUUGCCCAGGAUGCUGUAGACGCCUUUUUAAAGCAGCUGAAAAACCCUAUUGAUUCUCUUCCUGGAGAGCUUUUCCAUGUUGUCGUUUUCUCUCUCCUUCUUUCUUAUUUCCCUUCACCUUACCAGCGAUGGAUAUGCUGCAAAAAAGCUCAUGAACUGUUAGUGUUGAAUGGUUUAUUGCUUAUCAUCACACCUGAUUCCUCCCAUCAGAACCGCCAUGCUAUGAUGAUGAAAAGCUGGAAGAUUGCUAUAGAGUCUCUGGGCUUUAAACGUUUCAAGUAUUCAAAAUUUUCACAUAUGCACCUGAUGGCAUUUAGAAAAACCUCCCUAAAAACCACAAAUGACUUGGUUAGUAGGAACUACCCAGGAAUGUUAUAUAUUCCUCAAGAUUUCAACAGUAUAGAAGAUGAGGAGUAUUCUAACCCUUCCUGCUAUGUCCGAUCAGAUAUGGAAGAUGAACAGCUAGCAUACGGUUUUACAGAGCUCCCUGAUGCUCCAUAUGACUCAGAUUCUGGAGAAAGCCAAGCCAGCUCAAUUCCUUUUUAUGAGCUAGAGGAUCCCAUAUUACUUUUAAGUUAAUAUACAAGCAAAGACGAUUUAAGUCCAAAUUCCUUAAACUAAUUGCUUACACUAAUUGGAAAUAUUAUUAUGAGCUCAUAAAAUCUGGUUUGCAUAGAAAAAUGCAAAGGUUUACAGAGUUUGCUAUUUUUUUCUACUUCUCAAUUUAAAAUUUAUUCUUCUAUAGAAAGCCUACAAUUUCAUCCAUUGACUCCUGUCAUAACAAAAACCACUGAAACAUUAGUAUUAUCACUAAGAUAUCCUAGAAAGGUACUUCUUUCUUUCCGUUCUGUUGUGGGAAGUGAGGCUUCAUUUACUCCGUAUUUUUCUUGUCUUCAGCUUCUUCAUGUUGACAUUAAGCUGUUGCAGUGGGAAACUGCCGAUGCGUAGAAAGCUGUAGGUUGCACUUUGCUGACUCAGGAGUCGAAUGUGACCCGGAGAUUGCUGUGGCUUGGGGAUGCACUUGUCCCUUUGUUUUCAUUUUCCUAACUACAUUGUUGUCAGUAGCAAAAAAGCCAUCUUCUGUCUAGUUUUGUCUGAUGAUCCAGUAGUUCCUGAACAUUUUUAAGUUGGAAGUAAUUCAGUUUACUCUUCUUUCGUCUAUUACAAGCUCAUUUGACAGCAGCAAAUCCUGGGAAAGAGGUUCCCCCCAAAUUAUGUAUUCCAGUUCCAUUCACACAAUACAGUAAACACCAUUGCCAAAGUAGUAUUUUGGACCUUGGUGAUUAGUAUUUUUACCUGUGAAAGUUUACUUUUACCAUUUUCUAAUUUAGGCUUCAUGGACAAAAUUUUAUAUUUCAACAAGGAAUGAUGUAGUAUCCAGUACUGACCUUAAACACCUUGUUGAAAGGGUUUGCACUUGUGAGAGAGCUUUGUUCUAACUAGACCAAAUCUGAUAAAGGUCUUUACCUUUCUGCUAAGGAGGUGCUAAAUUACAAGUCUGGAAUUAUAUGGCAAAGUCGAAAAUUAACCCUCUGCAAGUAAUCUAAUAAAAUGGUUUUGACCUUUGAUAUUCUAAUCCCCAUCUACAUCCUUGCAGAAAGUUUUCUUUGAAUAAAUAAACCAUUAGUUGAUGACCAUUAGUUGGCAUUGAAAAAUGUCUUUCAGUGUUUCUGAAUCAGAAGCAAAUGACUAAGGAAAAUUAUUUGUCCAAUCAAGACAACAUUGGUUCUAGACCACUAAGAACAGUUAGUCUACAUUGUCUUGUCAGCCAGCAAUUGUCAUGUAAACGAUCAUUUUUAAGAGUGCCACUGUGUGGAUUUUUUUUCAAGUGGUUAUUACAUUAAAAUUACCUCAUAGUGAGGUUUUUGCACUGAAA